AUGACUACCUGGAUCCGUCCCUUCAAGAUGUUUUUGACGGAGCCGAUUGUCUUGACACUUUCUCUACUGAAUGGUUUCAGUGAUGCCCUUAUUUUCAUGUUCAUCCAGUCGCUCUCGCUCGGAUUGGCGUUCAUUCCAAUUCUGGUCGGCUAUGUGAUCGCAUGGGUGUCCUUUUUUCCUGCGACCAAGCGCAACAUCCAAGAGCGCAGGGACAACCCGGAAAGUGAACGGGCUCAAUACGAGUCCCGUCUGUGGUGGUUGCUCUACACAGCCCCCUGCCUCCCAAUCGGGUUGAUUGGAUUUGCCUGGACUAGCUUGCCGCAGUGCCACUGGAUUGGUACCAUGAUCUUUGCCGCCAUGAUUGGUAUUGCCAAUUAUGCCAUCUACAUGGCCACCAUUGACUACAUGGUCCGUGCCUACGGACCGUACUCUGUUUCCGCCACUGGUGGUAAUGGAUGGGCGCGAGAGUGCAGCUUCGCCACAUUAUCUGGGUUGUCGUCCAACCAGGGAGGACUCCCAUAUCGGGGUGAUCGUCUUGCCGACAACAGUGGGAUGCCCUGGGGAACCCGAGAGAACUGGGAGAGAGCGCUGGCGUGGGCGUGGGGCCCGGCGGGCGCAGAGGGUGCUUGCGAGACAUAG